AUGAGUGUAGAUCCAUCGGAUAAGUUAAAGAGUGCUAAGGAUUCACUAGUUUCCUCUUUAUUUGAAUUAUCUAAAUCUGCAAGUUCUGCUGCCUCUAACAUUAUCGAUUUUUAUAAUGCUAUUGGUGAAGAUGAAGAAGAAAAAAUAGAAGCUUUCACAACAUUAACCGAAUCUCUACAAAAAUUAACUUCCGCUACGAACACUUUACAUGGCAUCAGUAGUGAGUUAACCAAUCCAAUGGAAGAUGAAAAGGAAAUCGUUCCUCCCGUUCCAGUUGUAUCAGUUAAACAGCCUAGAAAGAGAAUACCUCGUGAUCCAAAUGCUCCAAAAAAACCAUUAACUGUUUUUUUUGCCUAUUCUGCUUACAUUAGACAAGAGAUUCGUGAUGAUAGAGAAAAGCGUGGCGAGACUCCAUUAUCUUCUACUGAAAUUACUCAGGAAAUCUCCAAGAAAUGGAAAGAAUUAAGUGAUUCCGAGAAAGAAAAAUGGAAGCAAGCUUACAACAUCGAAUUAGAACAUUAUCAACUUGAGAAGCAAAAAUACUUAGAAGCUAAGAAAAAUGGUAGUCUACCAACUUCUAAUGGCAUCCCAACACAUGCUCCAGUAGGCAUUCCAUCCAGUUUACAAUCCAUAAAGAGAUCUCAUGAUGAUAGUGGUUCUUCCGAAAAGAAGAAGAAGAAGAAGAAGAAGGAUAAGAAAAAGGAUUCUAAUUAA